CUCUCCUUCGAGGAAGGUGGCUGGGGGACAUACCUUGCUGAGAGACUGGUCAGAAAAUGUGAUGUUGUGAACCGUGGGUUCUCGGGCUACAACACCAGAUGGGCCAAACUGAUCCUUCCAAGACUGAUCUCUAAAAGUACUAGUGCUGAGAGUAUUGUUGCAGUUACUAUUUUCUUUGGAGCUAAUGACAGUGCUUUGAAAGAUCUGAACCCUAAGCAACACGUUCCUUUGGAGGAAUACGCUGCAAACUUAAAGAGCAUGAUUCAGUAUCUGAAGUCAGUAGACAUCACUGAAGACAGGAUUAUUUUGAUAACACCACCACCUCUCCAGGAGUCAGCCUGGGAAAAGGCGUGUCUCGCCAGAGGGGAGAGGCUGAAUCGCUGCAACGCCACCGCCGGGGAGUACGCGCAGGCCUGCGUGCAGGUGGCCAGGGACUGCGGGACAGACGCGCUUGACCUCUGGACACUGAUGCAAAAAAAACAGGAUUUCUCUUCGUAUUUGUCUGACGGUCUUCAUUUAUCCACGGAAGGCAGCAGCUUUCUGGCAGUGCAGCUUUGGGCACACCUGGAAAAAAAACUGUCU